AUGUCUAAAAAACCAACUACAAAACCGGUUAACGAUUUAAUAAGUUUUUGGUCUACUCAACAAAAAGAGAAAACUACAGAACAAAUUUCAUCGCAAAAAUAUUCUGAACAAUUACCUUCGAGAUCAUGGAUCAAUAAUAAUAGUCAUUCCAAUUCGAGUUUAACAAAUAUUUCUCCUUCUGUAUCUAUCGAUAGUAGUCUUUCGAUAGUUGGCAUAAAAACUAUUCAAAAUCAAAAUGAUCGAGGGAGAAUGGAUUGGGAUUCUUUGCCACAAAAUACCACUAUGAAUAUGGUUUCACGAAAAAAAUCUAUUCCACCAAAAGAUAUUUCUUUUCUCAAUAAACCGUUUAAUCCAAAACCAAUUCAACACACGUCAAUGCCACGAGAUAAAAAAGUAUCAAAUUUAGUAUCUAGAUUUGAAAAUAGCGAUCCAGAGUCAUAUAAUAUAUUAGCCUCAAGUAUAAUAACUCCGACGGAUCCGCUUAAUAUAUCGUCAUCAUCACCGAUAAAAACUGUUAAGAAAGAUCGUUCUAUACCAAGUCCUCUACUAAUAACAACUUCUGUGCCGCUAAAACAAACAUCUCCGAUUCAACAAAAAAUUUCAGAAACAACACAUAAAUCACCAGCGAAUGAAAUUCCCGUUAAAAUAGAUAUUAAUGAUAUAUUAUUAGAUACCGAGCCAGUUUCGCAAACAAAGUCCUCCUUUAUUAAUAAUUUACCUGAAUCGUCGCUUGAAAAGAAGUUACCUGACUUGCCAAAAGAUGAUACUCAAUCACCUUCUAUAAUUUCUCAAACUACUGUAUUUUCACAUAGAAGAAAAACAAUUCCUAUUCAAUCCAAAAGAGAUUCAAUCUCUCCAAUUCGAAAAAAAGUUCCAAUAUAUACCACAAAAAAUGAGAAUGAAGGUUCAAAUUUAUUUACAUCUCAAACAUUACCUUUAAAUUUUGAUGUACUGGAACUUGAUCCAUUACAAAAAGUUCAGCAUUCAUCAAAUUAUAAAGAAUCUACAUUAGCCUCUUCAUUAAAGCGCGGGUUAUCUGAUCCAACAUCAAAUAACUACACAUUACCAACUAUUAAUAUAUCUUUGGCUAAUGAUACAAAUCCUUGGAAAUUUCAAGGUGAAUCCCCACCUCUGUCAUCUAAUAGUUUUAAUCUUAAUUCAUCCGAAUUAACUGAAAAUGAUUUUAAUUCCAACCUAAACCAACAAUUUGAUGCGAAAAUUGGAGAGAAAAAAACCAAUAAUCCAUUCUUGUAUAAAGUGGUUGGUCAAAAAUCAGGAAAUAAAAAGAAAACAUUACCAUCAAUUCAAGAUAGUUCGACUUAUAUAAUGGAAAUGCAAGAAACACAUACGAUGAAUAGUAAUAAAAGCCCUGAUAAGAGCAAUCAACUGGAAUUACCUAUAAAAUCAAGUAACACUUUACGAAAACUUUUAUCAACUUCUUAUUCAAGUUCUAAGAAAUCAAAGUCAACAAACAAACUACCAAAUACAUUAACUGUUACUCUUCGAGAUUCAGGAAAUUUUCAUACAUAUGCUUCAUCUGAUGAUUUAAGAUCGGUAUCAACAGGACGAACAAAACAAAAAACAUUAAAACCUGUACAAAUUCCAAAAUCACCUUAUAAUUCUGUACGACCACAACGGACCACUUUAUCACCAAUUAGCACAUUAAAGAAAAAUCCUUUCCUUAAACAUAUUAAAACAAAACGAUCCGAAGAUCAUAAUUUGCCAGAAUACACUUCAUCCAAAAGUAAAAUGUCAUUUAUGGUACCACAUAGCCUUGCAUCAGUGGAAUAUAAAAAAAAUAAUCGUUCAGUACCAGAUCUUACAGCACGUACGAGGCAUUCCAAAUUCAAUAGGGCAUUCCGAAAAAAUAAUGUGACCGUGCCAGAUUUCACUCGAGUUAAUGCUGUGACGAAAGAUUCUAUUGGAAAGAAGGAUGCAAAUGUUAAUAAUGUGGAUUUUAAAAAUGAUACUGACUUAAAUCCAUCAAAAGUAACAAAAUUUAGUAUUAAUAUAUUUGAUAAAUCAGAAUCAAGCGAUUUAUUCAAACCUGGAGCACCAUGGAUACAGUUAUCUCAUUUAGAUGAAUAUAUUAAAAGUUUACCGCCUACCGAAUUUUCUGAUCCUAAAGAUUUAAUGACUAAAGAAGAAUAUGAAAAGUUUGUGAAAGAAUGUAAAUCUGUUAAACACUCAGAAUUGAUAUUUCCACCAAUGCAUCAAAUUCCUGAUGGUAUUUCUCUAGAAGAUCUUGAGAAUAAUAUGCUUAAAAAACCGUCAACAUUCCUUGGUAUUCAAAUGACACAAGGAAGACGAAAUGAUUGGUUGGAUGCUGCUAUUGAUGGUGUACUUGCUGUAGAAGGAGUAAUUGGAAUUCAAACUUCACCUGAUAAGUUGACUAAAUUUGAAAUUAUAAGAGAUUUUAUACAAUUUUUAACACUUGUACUGUCAUUUGGAAAUCCCGGAAUAUUUCAAAGUUGGGUAAAGAUAUUAUUGGAUACAAUUCCAAACUUACUUAGUUUAAAUUUGGAUCGUGUAUUUGGAAAUGGAAUAGCAUUCUUUUUGGUAUUUUGUGUUACUGCAUUUGGAGCUUUGUAUUGGUUUAGAAUGAUGACUAAAUGGGAUCCUAACGCUGAUGCCGAGGGACUUGAAUCAUCGCCAUGGAAUCUACGUCCAGAAACAAAACGUCGGCAAAAUAUAAUAAUAACGUUCUUGUUAACCACUCUUUAUCUUCCAAUAUCAAAACUUUCAAUUGACGCUUUAGUAUGGGGUGAUACAUUCUGGGCAAUACCGAACCCGUAUAUUUAUAGUGAUACACCAGAAUUUAGUUACUAUAAUAAUAUGACAGACAAUAGAAAUCCUAAUGAUUUUUGUUAUGUUACUAGUAUGAGAGAAGGUGAUCUAAAUUUUUCACCAGUAAUUAUAGGGGUUGCAUUGGUAACACUUGUACUAUUGACUUUUUGGUUUCCCUUUGCUUUGAAAAAGUUGGUGGAUAAGAAUGCACCUAAGGUUGAUGAAUAUAAUGAAGUUGGUGAAAGUGUUGCAGAUGUAGAUGGUGAAUAUAGAAAGUUAUUGGAAAAGGAUACCUGUCCUUAUAAUUUUUUGUAUAACGCAUAUAACGAAAAAUGGGUAGCCUAUAAAUCAUUUAUAAUGGCCAAUAAGUUUUUUAACAUACUUUUAGUUUCAUUAAUAUCCAAAGAUAAUUGUAUAUUUCGAAACACACCGCGAACUCGUAUAGAAUCAAUUCGUCAAGGUAUACAAAUUGUUCUCAUGGUCUUAUUAUUUUUUAUCCACUGGCGAAACGAACCCUAUCUCAUUGCUACACAAAAUGCUAGUGAAUAUUGGACACGAUCUGGUUAUGUGAUCACUGUAAUUCUCGGAAUGAUUGUAGUAUUAAAAAUUGGACCAUAUCAGGGAAUCUCUAUAAGUAUCAUAGUUAUUAAUUGUAUUAUUGGAAUAGCAGUAGUAUGGUAUAUACUUAAAGAGACACAACCUUAUCAAAAUUUCGUAAAAAUUAUAAAGAAACGAUUAGAUUUUAGUAUCAAUAUAUAUUCACCUAAUUUAGAUUUUCAGAAACAUAUUAAACGACGUAUAUGGCAAGAAACUUGGACUACUUUAUUUUUAACAUCUGAAAGAUUUAAAAUGGAAAAAGAUAAGAUUGUAGCAUAUUCUCAAUCACCAUAUCGACCUCCAUAUUUAUUAAAUUUUAUGGGCAGUGUAGCAGAACGACAUGUUGAGAACCUUAAAAUUAUAAGGCAUAUUGGAAUAAGACGGUAUACUGCAUCAUUGUCCCCUUUACCUAGUUCUUUAGUAUCAUUAAGAACAAAAAUAUUAAAUAAUUAUGUAGGACCAGAUAUGUAUUAUGCACCCGAAUUUUUAAACAUUAAGAUAAAAACAUGUUUCGGUAAAGCGUACGUAGUGCCAUUUCCGUUUAGUGUAGUAAUGUGUUAUGAUGAAGAUGAAAGUGUAGUAGUAUUAACACAGGAAUGGGAGAUUCAACGAUACGUGGAUCAGAAUGAAAAUAAAGAAGUGAGGCGAAGGAAAUUGGUUAGGCAGAUGAUUAGAGCUUUGGAAGGAAAGGUUGUUAUUGGUCCUUGUCGUAAUAAGGGAGACAAAAAUAACAACUUUGAAGGAUACAAUAAAGUUCAAAAGAAAUUCUUUGGCGCAUCAUCAAAUUCAGAAGUGCAUUAUCACCGAGGACUUCUUCAAAUCAGAUGUAAUCAACUAUCAACAUGGAAUAGUCAUAAUAUGAAUUCCGGAUUCGAAGUUACCAUCACGUAUACAAACGAAUUUAAUUCUAGCCCUGACCAUGAACGAACAGUUGGUCAUGAUAUUAUCGGAAUCACACAUGAUUUUCAGAUGACACCACAACUUGAACGAUUGUUUACCGAUAACUAUGAAAUCGUAUCUAAAGGUUUGGAUCAGAUUCAGUCGAUAAUGCAAAAAUAUAGAAAGUAUUAUAGGGAUGAAGCUAUUCAAAAAGAAGAAACUUUAUCAUAUGGAUUCUUUAUAAAUAUAUAUGACAAUCCUUCGAUACCAUUGGAAACUUUACCUACCUUGUUAAUGACCACCGAAACAAAUCCAAAAGUUCAAGAAAUACCAGUGACCGAUUAUUCAACACUCAUUUAUUUAUAUGAAAGAAUGAGGAUAGUGAAUUUAUCGAGAGCUCAUCAAUGGUGGUACUUAUUUUGGGAAGAUCUCUGGCGAAAAAAUAAUCAAGAGAUUGAAGAAUUAAGAAAAUAUGCUCAAGAUUUUUCACCGGCAUAUAGAACCAGUUUAUGUUAUAGGCCGAUGACUAGAUUAGAAUUGGAAAAGUUUUUGAAAAAUCGUGGAAUUUGGAAAAAUGAUGGUCGAAAUGGGUUCUUACAUAGUGGUGUAUUAAAUAGGAUUUAUUUAUAUUUGAAUAAUGUCGUAUUCGCACGGCAAUCCAGUUCUAAACGAAAAAUUGGCGAAGUAGAAGUAGUACCGAGAAAAUGGAGGAUAACGAGAGGAAAAAUUAUUGACGAUUAUCAUGAAUAUAAUACACUACUUGGAAAAAUUAGGAGAAGUGUGAAAGAACGUGUAUUUAUGACGAAUUAUUUAAUUAGACGGAAAACAAAAUUAUCAAGAACUAGAUCGUUCUUUGUAUUAAACGAAAGCGAUAGCGAAGAAGAUAGUAAUAAUGAAAUUUGA